AUUUUGUUAUAGUGCCAUUUUGAUGGUUCUUACAAAUAUAAAUACAUAUUUUAGUCAUAGUCUUCGUUUAUGACUUCACUGGAUUUUAAUUAGUAAUGCCAUGUUACUUGGUUUCUUGCCUAAAUAUUACUUUUCAGGGUUUCCGCCAGGAAUUAUUGAAGGCUAGUCGGGGACUGCCUAAUGGGGUGUGUAUGGGAGGGGUAUCCCCUCUGUACGAGAUUUUUUUAUUUUUGUAGUGCAAAUUGUGCGAUUUCCAGCAUUUUUAGCUUAACUAACCUUCUACGUAGUCCAACUGUAAAUUUUCUUUUGUAUUACUUUUUAAACUUUAUUUCACAUGGUAGUGAGUAGUAAUGUUUAUAGAACAGAACAGAACAGAAAGUUGAUUUAUUUGGAUUUAAACAUAUUGUUUCUCAUCCAUACAAAUAAUUAUAACACAAAAUGAUGGUAAAUAAAUACAAAUAAUACAGAAACAAAACAUAUUAAUACAAACAAGUGUAAUUAAAGGAUAUAGUAUUUAUAAGCGAAUUUCUUAUUUCAUUAGCUUUGCUUAUAUGUGUACACAAUCGAUUUAACACCGAUCUUUUAUUUGAUGAAAACAACUCAAUCAAUUUCCACAUGCUCGUGUUUCUAGUGUAAUACUUGCUUAUAUAACGUUUCCUAAUGUCUUUGUAACAAUCACAUUUUAAAAUAAAAUGAAACUCAUCUUCAAUGUCUCUUAAAGCAUUAACACAUAAUACGCAUUGUCUAUCUUCUUUAUAUUGACACCGGUGACAUACCAAGUGUAAUGUGUAAAACACGGCCUCUCCAGAGUCUGCUCUCCUUGUAUAUUAAAUGCGGGGAUCACGUGAAUCAUGCGAUCCUAAAUGAUAAUAAUUAAGUGCAAUAAAGUUAUAUAAUAAGCACACAUUCAUACAGAAAGGUGACUUAUAUUAUUGUAGGAAAAAAGUCUUCAAUAUUCAAUUAUACUACGGCGACAAUAUCCUGAGCUUCACCUUCACGACAGUUGACGUUACCUGUACCUUAAAGAUGCAACUCACUCCCAAAUCAGAUUUACCACAAUUAAUGAAAUUGUUUAAAAUAGGAUGAGUUAAUGUUGAAAACAAUGGUUCUUAUGAAGGAAACUGAGUUUAAUUGGAAUGAAAUGCGCAUAAAACAUGGUAUUUCUACUUUAUGAGACUAUAGUGGACCAAAGUUAAUCUUUUAGCAUUCAUCCUUUAAUAUUUUUGUGCUUUCUGCUAUUAAAUGCACGGUUACAAUCUUGUUAUAAGUAAAUAAUAUUUUCCAUAAAUGCAUUUUUUAGUAAGUAGUUAAAGGUUUAUCAGUCAAAAUUGAUGUUUUUUUAAACAUGUGUAUGUAUCGAUUUUGAAUAAGAGUGUCACUUUAAAGAACGAUGAGAUCGCCAGACUCCUAGGAGGCAUGAGGAGUUUGCAUUUAGACAUGUUGAAAUUCUUCGACAGAAUGUUUUGUCUUCCAUGUAAACUUACAAUUGAAACUUCUUCAUAAUUUAUCAUUCUUGAUUUCUAAUAUUCAAUUGCAAUGGCAGGGUGAGGAAUCAUGUGACUUUAAUGGUGUUCUCACAUGGGUCAAAGCUGACAAACAAACAAGAAAAUGAUGUUAAUUUCUUAAUAUCUUUUUUGACAAAAAAGAUAUCAAAAUACUUCCCAGUCUGUAAAUGACUAUGUUAUUUUCUGCUUCUACUUGUGUGAAAUAUUUUAGAUUGGCUUGUAUAUUAAAGAUGCAAUCCUUGCCAAAAAAAUUCAACUUGACAGAAUUUUGUAGAAAGAUGCAAUACUGUGUGCGUUUAAAUUUUCGCGUUAAAUUACAAAUGGAGUACCUCCAUCAAUUAACACAUUGUAUAAUUUGAAAUUGAAGACCAAUAAUGUUUUUGAUUGGAAAGAUGAAGCCCGAAGGUCAAUUGUUUUUCACACUUAAUGCCAAUUUAGAUGCGAUUGGAUGAUGCAUCAAGCGAAAAAUUUCAAACAUGCCUUCUGGCGAUCAGCCAACCAUUACAAAACAGCUAAGCAGACAAUUAUACGACCAACACGCCAUUUUGCUAUCGGUCUACUAUAACGGAAGCAUUAGCCUUGCUUUUCAAUAUAGAUUACUGUUACGAUAAGGCCUGUCGCUCCUUGGAUUAAGGCAUGUCGGUGCAAUUAACACGUGUCAGUGAUUAGCCUCGCUGCUGGGAGCCACGUUUGCCCCGACAACUCAUGAAGGCCUAGCAGAAACCCUGCUUUUGAUGGAUGAAGUGAGCUCACUUUAGAAAUUCCAGCUGCAUUCAGUAAAGAGGGAUGUGUACCAUUUUAUGCUCAAGGGAUGAGGCUGGGGAUCAUAUCACCUGAAGUCCUUAAUACGUUGGAGGAAAAAUACUCAGAUGACUUCAUCAUUGAUAAGGAGAGGAAGUCUGUUUGUCUACAUGAAAAGUAUAAGACAGAAAGGGAGCGAACUGAUGCUUUCCGUAGGCUUCUUACGGACAUGCGGGAAAAAGAGGUUUUUCGAAGUUUCAAAGGAUGGAGAAAUGAGACGUAUGGCAUUUACUAUAAAAGACAUGAAGCCCCAAUUUUUCAUGUUGAGCGGUCAUCUUGUGCGGUAUUUGGUUUCACUUCUUACGGGGUACACAUCAACGGCUACACAUAUCGGGACGGGAAAAUCAUGAUGUGGGUCGGAAGGCGGUCUCCUACAAAACCCACCUUCCCUAACAUGCUGGAUAACAUGUGUGCAGGAGGUUUGGCAUCAGGCCUUGGUGUGAUGGAAUGUGCCAUCAAGGAAUGCAGAGAGGAGGCGUCUGUUGAUGAUGAGACCCUAAAAUCCCUCAGACCUGCUGGGGCUGUUAGCUACUGUUAUCGUGACCACCGAGGAAUAUUACCAGAGACAGAGUAUGUAUUUGACCUUGAGGUGUCCCCUGACUUUGUUCCUCGCAGCGCUGAUGGGGAGAUGGAACAAUUCUACCUGCACUCGCUGGAAGAGAUACAGAGUCUGAUCAUUAAUGAAGAGUUUAAACCUAACUGUGCUAUGGUUACUGUGGACUUUAUGAUAAGGAGAGGUCUCAUUGCGCCUGAUGAAGAGCCGAAUUACUCAUACCUCGUGGAGCGUAUGCACGUGAACCUCCAACCUCCAUGCUGACCUCUAUGGUUGCCUAGCAACAAUGGACAUUCCAUGAUGGACGCCUAGCACCUCACUGUCUUUAUGACAACACACAGUCAAUGUCUAGUGAUACUUUACAUCCUUUACUUUGUAUAAUAUUACAAUGUCGUAUUAUGUGUAUCUGGUUAUUUUCGCCAGUGUCCAUAAUGAUGUUCUUGCACAAUGUUACAUUUCUGGGUAUGAGUAGAUUCUUUUCUAUGCUUAGUCACCUUAGUCUAGAAUCAAGACUGUAGAAUAACGCCAGCUUUUAAAUUUUUCUAUUCUUAUCUUGUCUGUUUUUUCAAUGAUAAAAGGUCAGUGUAUUGUGAUAGCAUGGUUGUUGUAGGCAAUGUUGUUGUGUUAACUCUUGAACUUGGCCAUAACUCAAAGCCGUUCAAGAUAUUUCGCUGAAACUUAGUACAUAUGUUGCCAGAGCCAAUAUGCAUAACAUUAUAUACAUAAAGGCCCAUGGCUUGAAGAAUUGUUCAGUUAUGCCCAAAUGUUAUAAUGAAAAUCAGCAACACACAAGCAAUGUCAAUUGCCACAUGGCAGUCUUGUUUUAUUUGAUUACGUUUUAGAUAAAUCAAUUUUUAUUAAAGAAUUUUUUGGCUGGUUUUUGUUAAUUUCUUUUUCAUUUGUUAACAUUGGCAUAGACAUUGAAACUAUGUUAAGAAGUGCACAUUUAUGCAAAUUAUUAUUCUAAGUAGAUUUUUACGGUACAUAUAUUUACUUAGACACAGCUAUUAAAUUGUUUCAAUUUGUGCACAAAUCCUAUUUAUUUUGUAUAGUAAAGCUGUUUUAUCUCUCUCUUCUUUAGGCACAAAUACCUUAAUUGGUUUUGUUUCCGAUUUCACUGCCUAAAUACAUUAGUCUGGUAGGUCUGAUAACUUUUUUUGUAACUGGAAGAUUUUGGCAACAUAUUCACACUUGGAACUAUCUUUUUUUGUGUGUGGGUCACUGUUUACUACAUGUAGGUAAGAAAAGCCAAAGGCUAUUUUCUAAAAGCUUUGUUUAUGGCUCACCAAUUUUAAGAUUUUCUUCCAAGUUCUCUUGCUUGUAGUAGUAUUUGCUUUUUGAAAGCAAUAAAUAGUAAAAAUCAUUUAGCAAUUAUGGUUGAAGGCAAAUGGCAUGAUGGGACACAAUGGAGAGAACUUAUUGCAACAUAGUAUGGUUAUAAGCAAUAUGAUGGUACAUUGUAUAAGUGCCAUAUAAUGCUUAGUGUCCAGACUUGUUGAUUUUUUAGAAUAAGUGAGAGCAAAUCAUCACUGUAUGAAAUAAAUUUUGAUGUUAAAUGUUUUGUAGAAAUAAAUUUUGAAUUGGAAA